CAUGCUCGCUGUCGGCUCUCCGGCCGGGGCGCGCUCCCGAGGGGGGGCGGGGAAGACUGGGGGGGCCUGGGAGCGCGCGGUGGACGCCUGUGGCUGCAGCGGCCGGGGCCCCGGGUCAGCUCGCCGGAGAGGGAGGGCCCGCCGCCGCCCAGCCGGUGCGGGCUUCUGCCCCCCAGCAUCAGGAGCCCCCGGGGUGCCCUUCCCUGGAGCCCCGCACCCCACCCCAGCCGCGUACCCCCAGGCCCAGGUGCUGGCUGCUGAGAGCAUGGGACUACCCCCUAGUGUCCCACCCAGUGAGGACCUGUGACAGUGGUUGUCACCCUCCCAACUGCAGGGAGCAGGAGGCAGUCAGCACGGAGGCCUGAGCAGCCGGGGCCAGACCGCCGGUGCCAGGAUGCCCCUGCCUGAGCCCAGCGAGCAGGAGGGUGAGAGCGUGCCUGCCGGCCAGAAGCCCAACCCCAAACACCCCCAGCUGGGCAUGUCUGAGGAAUUUGAGCUGGUCCUGGUGACGGUCUCCCACGAGGACAGCCAUGGGGUCUCUGGGGUGGGCGCCCAGCCUGAGUCUGUGCACUAUGGGGUGUCCCUGGGGGACCCUCAGAUCCUGCUGGAGCAGCAGGGUGGGGCACUUCAGCCCAGCCCCCCGGCCCUGGAGCUGCAAGGCAACAAGCCAGACCCAGCUCCCUGGGCCCUUUGCUCUGCAGCCCCCAAGCCCCUGGAGUUCCUUCGUACCCCGUUUGGGGGCCGUCUGCUGGUGCUGGAGACCUUCUUGUACAAGCAGGAGAAGGCCAUGGGCGACAAGGUGUACUGGAAGUGCCGCCAGCACGCCACCCUGCGCUGCCGGGGCCGGGCCAUCACCCGCGGGGGCCGAGCCACCAUCAUGCACGAACACUGCCACCCACCCGACGAGGAGGCCCUGGAGGCCCGGCGCCAGAAGCAGAGGCGGCGCGGCCUGGCCCUGGCCGAGGACCCCGACCCCCUGGCUGUGCCUGUGAAGCGGCCUGACCCCCAGACCUUCCGGCCCCUGUCCUUGCUGAACCUGCCCCCCAAGAAGCGCCCGCGGCUGUGGACCAGCCUGCGCCCGGGCCUGGAGUUCCUGAGCACCUGCUAUGGCGGCACCUUCCUGGUGCACCAGUCCUUCCUGUACAAGCGCGAGAAGACGGUGGGUGACCGAAGCUACUGGACCUGCCGCGACCACACGCUGCACUGCUGCCGCGGCCGCGCCAUCACACAGGGCCAGCGCGUCACCGUCAUGCGGGGCCACUGCCAUCCGCCCGAUGUGGAGGCCCUGGAGGCCCGGCGCCUGCAGGAACGGGUGGGGGACACCCAGAGGGCGACGCGCAGGGGCCUCUCGGACAGCCUGCUGUGCCAAACGGAGCCCGGGGUGCCGUCCCUCAACCGGCGGCCCAGGAAGCAGGCCAGGCCGAAGCCCCUGCAGGAGCCGCCAUCCGAUGACCAGGACGACCAGGACGAGGAGCCCGAAGGCCCCGAGUUCCUGAAGACCCCACUGGGGGGCAGCUUCCUGGUGUUCGAGUCCUUCCUGUACCGGCGGGAGAAGGCAGCCGGGGACAAGGUGUACUGGACCUGCCGUGACCAGGCGCGCAUGGGCUGCCGCAGCCGGGCCAUCACGCAGGGCCAGCAGGUGACCGUCAUGCGGGGCCACUGCCACCCGCCUGACCUGGGCGGCCUGGAGACCCUGAGGCAGCGGGAGAAUCGGCCGGACGCCACUCCGCGGGAGAGCCCAGGUGGGACUUGGGCUGUGGGCUGGGGGGGCAGCAGAGGCCCAGUGGUCACUCCCCCCUCAGCACUACCAACCCCCAUCCUGGAAGGAGUCACAGCUCCCUCCCCUCAUUUUCCUAUCUGGGUCUUCAGGGCCCAUGUGCCGCUCCAGACAGCUGGCACCAAGGAAGGCCCCGAGUUCCUGAAGACCCCACUGGGGGGCAGCUUCCUGGUGUUCGAGUCCUUCCUGUACCGGAGGGAGAAGGCAGCCGGGGACAAGGUGUACUGGACCUGCCGUGACCAGGCGCGCAUGCGCUGCCGCAGCCGGGCUAUCACUCAGGGCCAGCGUGUCAUGGUGAUGCGGCGACACUGCCACCCGCCCGACCUGGGUGGCCUGGAGGCCAUGCGGCAGCGCGAGAACUUCCCACGCCUGGCCCAGCGGGAGGACUCAGAGACCUUCCAGCCCCUAGAGUUCCUGAGGACCUCGCUGGGGGGCAGGUUCCUGGUGUUUGAGUCCUUCCUGUACCGGAAGGAGAAGGCGGCCGGGGACAAGGUGUAUUGGAUGUGCCGCGACCAGGCGCGACUGGGCUGCCGCAGCCGGGCCAUCACGCAGGGCCAGCAGGUGACCGUCAUGCGGGACCACUGUCACCAGCCUGACCUGGCGGGCCUAGAGGCGUUGCGGCAGCGGGACCGGCUCCCGAUCGAGGCCCAGCUGGGGGACCCAGGAUGCCAGACGACGAGGAGCAGUGAGCGGGAUGCCCGCAGAGUCCGGCCCUCCCGCUGCUCAGACCUGCCCUUGCCUCUGCCAAAGCACCCAAAGCCUCAUGCCUCCAGAGCUCUCCCGGGAGGACGCCUCAGUGUCACCUCAGGCAAAGGGAGAUCCACACAACUGGGGAGUGACUCUGGAAGGACCCCCGCCUCUGCCUGGCACCCCGACUCAGCCCCCCUCUGGUCUGCCAUGUCUAGGAGGCCCCUCUGCUUCUUGCCAACUGAGCUGCCCUGUGUGCUGCCAGCCGCCCGAGGGGUUUCUGGGUGGGGGUCAGUCCCUGUGCCCUGGUUGGAUCCCCCUGUCUGGUUUCCAGCUUCCACUGACUGGCUAUACACCAUCCCCUCGCAGGCGUCUGGCUGGGCCCAGGUGGUGUCCUGGGUCAUCUGUUUACGCAUCCAAAUUCACUGCGGCACAGAACCAGCCUUGAGGGUCUGGAGAAGGGCGACGCCCCCAGCCCUGAGCCCCUGAGGCGAGGCCUCCUCCCCACAGAGGGGCUCAGGAUAGCUAGGGUGCCCUCUCCCAGCCCCUCUGCUUACAGUUACCCCCGCCUAUCCCUGCCCCCUCCCCACAAUAAACGCUAUUUUGUGUA